GGUGUCAAUGGUAAAGCGGACAACUAAACACCUAAAAUAAACCUUCUGAAAGCGCAAUCCAAAUCUUGUCCGAAAAGCCGACAGGUAGAGGCUUGAGUUUCUCCUCUCGGAAAAAAUGAUAACUCUGAAAAUGACGCUAAGAAGAAUGCUGUCGGAGAGACGACGGAGCAAUAAUAAAUUAUCAAGAGCUCUAAGUUCGUCUCAGAUUCACCACGCUUCCAGAACCACAUGGUCUCCACCUCUUGUUUCACUUGACCUCCUCGAUGACUGUUCUUCCACUUUCACCCAUUCUCACGCUGCUCCCAUCCAAAAAUGCACAGCCAACGAUAAUGCUAGAAUAAUUGAUGGGAGAUCUGCUGCCGAGGAAAUUAAAUCAAGCAUAGCCAUAGAAGUUAGCAGAAUGAAGGAAUCAAUAGGGAAGGUCCCUGGUUUGGCUGUAAUAUUGGUGGGCCGAGGGCAGGAUUCUCUUGCCUAUGUCCGUAACAAAAUAAUGGCUUGCCAUGAGGUUGGGUUUAAAUUUUCAAUUGCUGAACUCCCUGAGAACUGUACGGAAGAGGAGGUUUGUGAUGCAUUGUCAAAUUAUAACAAGGAUGCAUCAAUUCACGGUAUUCUUGUGCAACUUCCUUUGCCACAGCAUUUUGACGCGGGAAAGAUAUUGAAUGUACUAAGCUUAGAAAAAGAUGUGGAUGGAUUUCAUACACUAAACAUUGGGAACUUGGCCAUUCAGGGUAGAGAACCAUUGUUCAUCCCGUGCACUGCUAAAGGCUGCAUCGAGUUACUGCUCAGGUCUGAUGUUGAAAUAGUUGGGAAGAGAGCUGUAGUGAUUGGGAGGAGCAACAUCGUUGGAUUACCUACAUUUUUGUUGUUGCAGAGGCACCAUGCAACAGUAAGCAUUGUGCAUGCAUAUUCAGAGAAUCCAGAAAUUAUUGCUCGUGAAGCUGAUAUACUUGUUGCAGCUGCGGGAGUACCUAAUUUAGUCCGUGGUAGUUGGUUAAAGCCUGGAGCAGUUGUUCUUGAUGUUGGAAUAAAUCCAAUUGAGGACCCUGAGAGCGAACAUGGUUACCGUUUGAUUGGAGAUGUUUGCUUCAAAGAAGCAGUCAGGAUAGCUUCUGCAGUAACCCCAGUUCCUGGAGGUGUAGGUCCUAUGACAGUUGCAAUGCUUCUUCUGAACACCCUUGAAGCCGCCAAACGUGCACUUCAUUUUCCUUGAUCUAAGGCAGAAGAAAUCCUCCAGACCGCACUUGGUGGGAAUAUACUGGGGAUGUUGUUGUUGUAAGGCAGAAGAACUCCUAUAAUGUUUCAUUUCUUCCUCUCUAUUAGGAACAUGGAGAUUUACUAACUCAAGUUUUGCGCAACCAACCUCUACAUUUUCGGUCGUGUGUCUGGUGGACCAAUCACUACCAUUAGUCAAUCCCGACAUUCAGGGAGGUUCUCAGUUCCCAACCUCUUCAAGUAGCAAUUCCGAUCGAAAGUAGCAGCUGCAGCUUCACUAUUUGGGAUGACGCACUGAGAUAAUGCAUUGGAGGACAAGCGAAUUGCUAAUAAAAUUAGUGUUUGGUUUCUAUAAUGCAGAAAUUAUUUUGUUUAACUAUCUAUAGUUGUGUAUAUUGAUUUGCUCCUUAAGGUUCCUUUGUGAGGAAAGAACCUAGGGAGUUUAAGCAAUGGGAAUUCUAAAGUUUUUCAGGGAAAAACAAAGAUGUCUUCUACGUUUUUCAUAAUAUGUGGAACUAUCGAUGUAAUUUAAUAGUCAUUCGCUGUGAUGCUACAUGAACAUAAGAAAGGAUGAGAGAACAAAAUAACAUGUGAUUCAACAAUUUUAGAUUCAUCUAUACAUAUAUCUGCUUGUGUGGUAA